AUGUCGUUCUCCAUGAAACGUGACGUCCAGCGCGAAGUGCCACGUACUUCCUCGGGUACGUUUGCUGUUCCGGGUCCCGUUUCCCGUGAGCGUCUUGAGGAGCAUGUGAAACGUGCCUCAGAUUCGCUUGCUGUGGCUGUUUCGAAACGCCGCAAGAAGCACAAGAAGAAGUCUGCCAAAUCCGUUUCCGAAUCGCCUGGUCUGGCCUCCGAAGGCUCAUCCGACCACGGAUCGAAUAGCGACGCGGUUAGUCCUUCCAAAUCGCGCCUCGAAGUCCCUGUUCUGAAGACGAAAGCCGGUACGAUUCGUCCUCUCGGUGAUGUGCGGUCCGUACCUUGUUACGAGUGUAUCCGCAGCAUCACCAACGAUUCGUUCAUAAAAUAUCCGCAUCGUUGCUACGACGUCAAGCACGAGACACGAAUCGGCGUCAACAGCCAGUGCAGCACAUGUGCCCGAAAGCACGUUUCGCCUUGUCUUCCUAUCCCUGCUGAAUUCGCCAAGGAUUCGGAUGCGAUUUAUGCUGCUUUCGAACUCGAAGGACAUACGGAUAGUGUCCGCGGGUCGGCCUUGGCUCUCUUGGAACGUAUGCCUGCAGAGCCUGCCGGGAAGAAGAAUCGUGUCAUAAAAUCUGAAUCCGAACCAAUCGCUUCGCCUAGUCCUUCCUUCGAACUUUCUCGCGUUUCGGAGGCUGAUUACGAUUCUGUCUUGCACUUCAGACGUGGUGUGAAAGAUCUGGCCGUCCCGAAUGACCUCCGUCUUUCGAUUCGCAAGAUCGUUUCGGAUUGGAUUCGGUAA